AUGGCAUUGGAUAUGACCCUAACCGGCCGACCGAUUAAUGCGGAAGAGGCUCUUCAUUGGGGCUUAGUGACUAAAGUGGUCGAUGAUGGUAAAGCGCUUAAUGCUGCAACUGAGCUCGCUAAACAGAUGAUGAGGCAUCCAUAUUACUGUAUGUUGGCUGACAGGCGAUCAAUGUUGAAUUCAUUGGAUACCACAGCCAGGGACGCCUACACUUUCGAACUGAAUAGUCUCUCUGUUAUCCCAGAAGCUAUCAAAGCUGCGGGGAUGUUCAUGGAGGAGAAAAAAAGGGAUAAAGCAAAGAUUUAA